GUGUUAGCUUCAGGAGCGACUUCAAGUAUCUUCACUGCUCCGCCAUGCUCAUCUACUACACAUCCUACACUGCCCAAGCCCAACUUUGACCCAUCAUCCUUCGCCUUCCAAACAUCAUCUUUCCCACUGGAACCUGCACAGUUUCCCACCUAUACUUACUCUCAACCACCCCGGUAUGAGUUCACCGCAGGGCAAGAAAAGACCACCAAAACUGCUGAGCAAGAAGAGAUUGCAAGAAAGAUGAGGAGUAUGGAACAAAAUCUCAAAAGCAUACAAGGCUUGAGUGGACAGAAAAGUGUGUCCUAUGCCGACUUAUGUAUGUUCCCUCAUGUACAUCUACCAUUGGGAUUCAAAACCCCAAAAUUUGAGAAGUAUGAUGGGCACAACGAUCCUACUGCUCAUCUCAAGAGGUAUUGCAACCAGCUGCGAGGAGUCGGUGGAAAGGAAGAACUCCUCAUGGCCUAUUUCGGAGAAAGUCUGGUGGGCCUCGCAUCUGAGUGGUACAUGGACCAAGAUAUUUCCCGCUGGCACAUCUGGGAUGAUCUUGCUAGAUAUUUCGUCAGGCAGUUCCAGUACAACAUUGAUAUUGCUCCAGAUCGGAACUCCUUGACAAACCUGAAGAAGAAAUCCUCGGAAAGCUUCCAAGAGUACGCAAUUAAGUGGCGUGAGCAGGACUCCAGGGUAAAGCCUCCGAUGGAUGAGGUUGAAAUGGUCACAGUUUUCCUCCAAGCUCAGGAAGCUGACUACUUCCAAAAUAUGAUGUCCGCAAUGGGCAAACCGUUCGCUAAAGCUAUCAAGAUUGGCGAAAUGGCCAUUCAGGGUGGAUCUGGAGGAGUAGCAAAGGGCAAGAAAAAGGAAGAAACAUCCAUGGCAGCAUCGGUUGCAAGAAAACACCGUACUCCCAGAUCCCUUUUCACAGAAAGAAGCCCACAACACUAUUACCCCCACCAAGAUGUGGCUUAUGCUCCUCAUCCAUUCCCGGUCAUGAAUGCUCAACCUUAUAUCCGGCCACAACAACAAGCCAAUCGGAACCAAGCUCCAUUUCCCAGAAACCAGCCUCCUUACCAAGCCCACUACAAUCCCCGACCUCCACAAAACAACUUCCGUGCCCGGGAGCCACCAAGGAAAUCAAACUUCACUCCAAUUGGCGAGUCUUAUUCUAGCCUAUUCCCAAAAUUGGUCCAAAUGGGUUUGUUGCAGCCCGUACCCCCGAAUAGGCAAAACCCAGAAUCACCCUCUUACUAA